AAAAAACUAAAAAUGGCGGAAGCUGUGGUUGAGAAGUUUAGAAGAUUAUAUUCAGACUUAGAACAGGUUAAAGCACAGUUCUCCAGUUAUGAUGAGAACCAGGAUGGACGGAUAUCCAGGGAGGAGAUGGAGAUAGGGAUGACAAUAAAUAAGGAAUUUACCCGAGAACAAGCAAAAUAUGCUUUUGAGAUCGCUGACACUAAUGGAGAUGGAGAGAUUGAUAUUAGUGAGUUUAUUCAGCUCAUGUUCCCGUCAGCAAGGGAGCUGGUAGCUAACAUCAGGAAACUGUUCCGAGGACCUGCUGAUAUAGAGAGGAAGUUUAAAUCCUGGGAUACAGAUGGAGACGGAAAACUUUCAAUUCAAGAACUCAAGGAAGCUACGGAAAAGGAAAACACUAGGUUUUUAUCGGAUGAAGAUAUAAAUGCUAUCUAUGCUGUGGGAGACCUAGAUCUGGACGGAACUAUUGAUUUCAGUGAGUUCUCAACUCUGAUGAUUCCAUCAAUAUCUGAUGUUGUCGCAAAAUUCAGAUAUUCUCACAGAACCGUGAAAGACGUAAAAGCUGCGUUUAAGAAGUAUGAUAGAAAUGCAGACGGUAGUAUUAGUAAAGGAGAACUCAACCAUGCUCUCACUAACUACAAAUUCAACUUCUCAGAUCAGGAGGUUGAUAUAAUCUUCAAAGCUGGUGAUGUGGACGGGAACGGAGAGAUUUGUUUUGAAGAAUUCAUGUUCCUAAUGUGCCCGGAUUCAUCCACUAUCAUCAGAAAGUUUCGUGAGACGUACAAGAAUAUAAACGACGUAAAGGCAGCAUUCAAGAAGUUUGAUAAAAACAGAGAUGGAGCUCUCAGUAAAACAGAACUAGCACGUAUGAUGUUCAGCACUGGUCACUCGUACACUGAUAUCGAGGUUGAUGCAAUCAUGAACCUGGGAGAUCUGGACGGUGACGGAGAGAUAAACCUAGAGGAGCUGGUCACUCUCAUGAGCCCUCAAGCAUCUGAAGUUAUUGCAAAGAUCCGUAAAUCCUUUAAAUCUAUUGAUGAAGUAAAGGAACUUUUCAAGAUCAUUGACAUAGACUCCGAUGGACUUCUAUCUAAGGUUAAAACUAUUUUCAGCGCAAAUACUUCGAACCUACAUAAAGUUGUUGUCGCUAAGGAACAAGAUUCUGACGAUGAACAGAUAUAA